AUGAGAGAUCCAGUUCACACAGCGGCUGCCAUGACUUACCAUCCUUUUCAAAAUAACCGACAAGGUGCCUUACCCUUGGCCGCCUUCCUUUCUUCCGCUCAGCCCUCGUUCUCCCCUGCUGUGGCUUUCCUAGAAGUCGCCUCUGUUUCCGAGCCUCUGCAGGAGCAAGCUGCCUUUGACGCGCGCCUGCAUCCCGGCCAGCAGCGCUCCUCGAAGAGCCUGGAGCCAGAGGACAAGCCGGAGGAUGAACCGAAAGUCACCCUGGAAUCAAGGAAUUUGUGGAAUCAAUUUCACAAAAUGGGAACAGAGAUGGUCAUCACAAAAUCAGGAAGGAGGAUGUUUCCUGCCUUCAAAGUGCGGGUUGACGGUCUGGAUGAAACAGCAAAAUAUAUCCUGCUGAUGGACAUAGUCGCUGUUGAUGACUGUCGCUACAAGUUUCACAACUCGCGCUGGAUGGUGGCUGGAAAAGCUGACCCGGAGAUGCCAAAGCGCAUGUACAUCCACCCAGACAGCCCGUCCAAGGGAGGGCAGUGGAUGAGCAAGCCUGUAGCUUUUCAUAAACUCAAACUCACUAAUAAUAUGUCAGACAAGCAUGGAUUUACAAUUUUGAAUUCAAUGCAUAAAUACCAACCCAGAUUUCAUAUCGUAAAGGCCAACGACAUAAUGAAACUUCCAUACAGCACCUUCCAGACACAUGUUUUCCCGGAGACAGAGUUCAUCGCUGUCACAGCAUAUCAGAAUGAAAAGAUCACACAGCUUAAAAUUGACAACAAUCCCUUUGCCAAAGGAUUCAGAGACACUGGAAAUGGGAAACGAGAAAAGAGGAGUAAGCAGUUAAACAUUUCUUCGCUGCAUGAGAACCAAAGCAAAGCCGACCGGGACUGUGCGGAUUCUGACGACUCAUAUGAACAGCCCGGCACCAGUGAUCUAUUUUAUUCCCCUCAGGAACUGAUGAGCAGCCCCCUGUUGUUCACGCCAACUUGCCAAGAUGAGAACACUGGAAGUGAUUCAGAUAUUGACCCACAAGAUGAGGACAUUGCUGAGGCCAGCUGUUCUAGGACUGAAUAUUCAUCUCCAUCGAGUCUGAGGAGCGAGGACAUACUGUGGAACAGGUCUGCCGUCAGUAAGAGCAAUGACAAUCAAAACACAGCAAAGGACAGAACAAUAUUUAGAACAUCAAGUGACAAGUACUCUAUGGAGGUGGAUUCUUCAAAAAACCAUGAAAGUGAAAACACAGAUGGAGUCCUUCCUAUGACGUCGCAAACGAGGAGUUCGUCAUAUCUCAGUGCUGGUCACCUUCAGAACUUGGCUCUCUCGAACAGUCACCAGUUUCUUAAGCUUGGGACACCUUUGUUGUUUCAUCCUGGACAUUUGUCAGUGAAGCCAGACACUUUUCCCACUACUGGGAUAGGGCAUCCAUUUUCCUCUUUAUCUGGAGUAAAUGACCUAGAAAACGGAGGCUUACCUUCUCAAAGCAUCACCUCCCCAUCUCCCUUCAUGUUUCACCUGUCACAGCACAUGUUGGCAUCUCAGGGAAUUUCACUGUCACCUUUGGGUGGACUGUUUUCAUAUCCCUACUGCUACAUGGCAGCACCACCUGCAAUUGCCCCAUCUCUCCCCACCUGUUCUGCAACCUCUACGCUCGCCAGAAACCACUGUUUUCGCAGCUCUCAGCCUUGGUCACGAUUCAGCCCUUAUCCGAUGCCCACCUCCGUCACCUCAAGCCAAAACCUGCUUACAGCCAGAUUGCCUGCCAAUUCACAGACUGAGCUGUUCAAAUCAGGCAGCAGAGAGUCAAGUCCGGUGUCCGACAAUGACAGUUACAAAACCAAGUCCAAGGAGAAGACUACUCCACCUGAACCCAAUGUUAAGAGUUCCACUGAUCAAUUGCAAAACAUGCAUGAUUUUCAGUAUAUGCCCAGCAAGCCAGCAAAGUAUGGCAUUAAGAUAUGGGUGGCCUGUGACACAAUCCAGCUACGCUUGGAAGAUGCCAUUCUAUACAGGGAAGCAGACUUUUGGAGGCCCGGAGAAGAACCAGGGGAUGUGGACUCCAGCAUUCUCUUGAAGAGGAAGAUCACCACGGUUGGUACAGUAAUAAAGAGCAAGGCUGAGCUCCCCCCUGCAAUCCUCGCAACAAGGGAGAAAGGUCUUCUCAUCAAGAGGAAAAAGAAUGUGGUCCUUGUGAACAGACUGCACAAAACAGUUUACAUCAGUGAUCAUGUGGACAGGAAGCCAGCCAUCGUCCUGGACUACAACCAUAACGAAGGAGGCAUGGACAACCAGGACAAGGUGACUGGAACUUACAACUGCAGAGGAUGA